AGCACACAUAAAUUAUAGUUACAUUACUUAGUACUCUAUAUAAAUUAUUAUGAUUAUAUUAAUACAUACAAUAAUAGUUAUGUUCAUGCUUGAAAAGUAGUGUACCAGACAGGCUCCCACCACCUCCCCCUUGUACUGAAAUCUCCAUUCUCCAAAACUGCUUCAACUCUUCUCAUUUUCUUUCUCUCUCUCUCUGCCUCGCACUGGAGUACCCUCUCCAAUUUCCUUCAAAUCCCAUCAAAUAAGUUUCUCUUAUACCCUCUGAAUAUUCUUCAUCAUCAUCAUCAUUAAUCAUGGCUCUUUUGAUGUAUUUUGUGCUUUUUCUUGCCCUCGCUGGCCAUUCAAGUGCUCUUUACUGUGUAUGCAAAGAUGGUGUGGGUGAUCAAGCUCUUCAGAAAGCAAUAGACUAUGCAUGUGGUGCUGGAGCUGACUGUACCCCUAUUCUCCAAAAUGGAGCCUGUUUUCAACCCAACACUGUGAAGGAUCACUGCAACUAUGCUGUUAAUAGCUAUUUCCAGAGAAAGGGUCAAGCUCAGGGAAGCUGUGAUUUUUCUGGUGCUGCCACCCCUAGUCAAACUCCACCUACUGCAGCAUCUACAUGUGUUUACCCCUCAAGUCCUAGCAAUGCUGGAACAGGCACCACAGCAACCCCAACAACCACUACACCAACAACAGGCACACCACCCACCACCUUAACUCCAACCACUCCCACUAGUACAACCCCAGGCAUUGGCACCGGCACAGGAACAACCACGGGCACGGGCACGGGCACGGGCACAACCACAGGUAACCCUAAUGUGUUUGGAAUGAGCCCAACAUCUUCAACUGGAACAGGAGGAGGCUUCAAUGACUCAAACAAAGGAGUGGUUCAUUUGCAAGACACGAGCAUGUUGCUAGUGUCCCUUGUUCUCACCCUUUUGCUAGUGCUGUUGAGGGUCUAAUAACAAGUGGUACAGUUCUUGGAAGUAAAAAAAAAAAAAACACACUUUUGGGGCGGUUUGUUUUUAUAUGUGGAUGAGAUUUUGCCACACUGUAGAAGGGGUGUUCUUGUAAUUUCAUCGCUUGGAAUCAUCCAGAAGCAAACCCCCACUUUAGCCUCUUUGUUUUUGUUCUGUUCCUACUCCUAAGAAAAAAGAAUGAAAAAAGGUUAGGGAAUUUGGUUCCUUUUGAGUGGUGAAUAUUUGAUAAUAUAUAGCUACUAAUGGGGUGAAACUUGAUGGGUUUCCAUUGUAUAUUAUCUAUCUAUCACUAUGAGAAGCACUAUUUUUUUUAAUUAUUUAACUGAGCCUUGCUCCUUAUAUUA